CUUUCUUUUCUGCGGUGCUGUUCGUCUCCCGAUCAUUGUCCCUACCGUCACCGUCGCAACCUUCUCCAACAGCCACCGGCGUCUUCGUUCAGCCACUGGCGUCUUCGUUCAGAUGGACAUGGAAACUCAAUACUACUUAUUGGUGCGGCAAUGGCUUGAAUUGCGUCAUAAAGUAGUAGCUCUACUUGUACGUGUUAGUGCGCAAGUAUAUGAGAAUGAAGUUCAUCGUCCACAAAUAAGUUAUAGUUUGAGUGGCAAGAGAGAAAGGGUACAGGAUGAAAUAAUGAAUAGAAUAAGUAGUUGUCCAUCUAGUCGAAACAUCAUUAGAAUGUCUCCUAGAGCAUUCUUAGAGUUGUGUAGCAUGUUAGAAAGAGAUUGUGGUUUGCAACCCACUAGGUGGUCCAGUGUGGAAGAACAAGUUGCAAAAACUCUUUAUAUAUUAACACACAAUGUUAAAAACUGUGAAGUCAAUUUUUGGUUUAGGCGUUCUGGUGAGACAAUUAGUCGUCAUCUUCAUACAGUUUUGAUGGCUAUCAUUGAGUUAGAAGAAAAAUUUGUUGUACAACCUAAUGGGUUAACAAUCCCUCUUGAAAUUCAAAAUGAGAGUAAAUUCUUCCCAUAUUUUAAGGAUUGCCUUGGUGCUAUAGAUGGAACACAUAUACGAGUCAAGACGCCUUCUAUAGAUGCUCCUCGAUAUCGUGGUAGAAAGGAAUUUCCAACACAGAAUGUGUUAGCAGUAUGUACAUUUGACCUAAAGUUCACUUAUGUGCUUCCUGGAUGGGAAGGCAUUGCAUCCGACUCACGGAUUAUUAAAAAUGCAUUAACAAGGGAAGAUAGCCUUAAAAUUCCUGAAGGUAAAUAUUAUCUUGUGGAUGCUGGAUUCAUGUUAACAAGAGAGCUUAUAACACCUUAUCGGGGAGUUCGUUAUCAUUUGAAAGAGUAUUCAAAAAGAAAUCUACCCCUAAAUCAUAAGGAGUUAUUUAACCUUCGACAUGCAAAGUUACGGAAUGCAAUUGAAAGAGCUUUUGGUGUUUUGAAGAAAAGAUUUGCAAUUUUGUCCAAUGCAAUCGAACCUACAUAUGGCAUCAAGGUUCAAAAAAUGAUAAUAUAUGCAUGUAUAAUUCUUCAUAACUUCCUUAUGAGUGCUGACCCUGCUGAAGAUCUUAUAAGAGAAGUUGAUAGGGAACUUCUUCAACAGAAUACGGCAAAUGACAAUAACCGUGCUUCAAGUAGUGACAAUAAUGAGGCUGCUCGAGGUGAACUUAUCAGAGAACGUAUAGCCACUCUAAUGUGGACAGAUUACCAGAAUAAUCCUGAGCAUGGUUUUGGUGAUGAUCUUGGGGAUGACCUUGAGGAUUAGAGUUUGAUUUUGUUGUUUAAUGUGCAUUACCAUAUUCAAAUUCAGUUUAUUGUAUUACUUGUUUAGUUUAGAGUUUGAAUUCCAUUUAAGACAUUCAGUUUGUUGUAU